AUGGCUGGAUUUCUUACUCAUCUAUGGAAGAAUAGGAAUUACAUCAUCAUAGUCUUGACACCUCUUUUACUUCUACCUCUACCGCUCAUUGUCCAAACGCCGGAGGCAAAAUGUGGCUUUGUGAUAAUCCUCAUGGCGCUGUACUGGUGCACAGAGUGUCUUCCUCUAGCUGUGACUGCUUUGCUGCCCGUCAUUUUCUACCCCAUGCUGGGCAUCAUGCAGGCAAACAGAGGUAUUGUUUGUGUGCAGUACCUGAAAGAUUCCAACAUGCUGUUUAUCGGUGGGCUGCUGGUUGCUAUCGCUGUCGAGAAGUGGAACCUGCACACAAGGAUUGCCCUUCACGUUCUACUUAUUCUGGGGGUGAAGCCAUCUCUCCUGUUGAUCGGUAUCAUGAGCACCACAGCCUUCCUGUCCAUGUGGAUCAGUAACUCGGCCUCCACAGCCAUGAUGCUGCCCAUCGCCAGCGCUGUGCUACAACAGCUGUGUGAUACGGAUGCUAACACUACAGGGAGAGAUUGUAGUGUGGCUGAAAAUGAUGGUCAGGAUAAUCAGGCAUUCGAGAUGGGUGACAUUAAAGAAACUGACGAGACGGAGCACAAAGCAAAAGAAAACGGCAUCCACAUGGAUGCAGAUAGAGUUGAUGACAGCGGAGGGAUAAAAGAAAACGGGGUGAGAUCAAGUAGUCAAGCUGACGAGCAGAGCAAACUGAAGACAUUGCAGAAGUAUGAGAAGUGGAGGAAAGGCAUGAGCCUGAGUGUUUGUUACUCAGCCUGCAUCGGUGGUACGGCCACCCUCACUGGAACCACACCAACUGUCAUCCUGCAAGGCCAGAUAAAUGAGUUAUGAUUGUAUUGUUCUUAUCAACAGACUCUUCCCAAAAAUGGAGGCAUAAUUAACUUUGCGAGCUGGUGGUUCGCAUUCCCCAACAUGGUGCUCAUGCUUGCCCUGUCUUGGCUAUGGUUGCAGUUCAUGUUUUUUUGGCUUCAAGUAACUUGAAGGAGGUCAUUUGGAUGUGGCACAAAGAAUGACGGUGACAGUAAGGCGUACCAGGUGAUCAAGACCCUGCAAAAAUUUGGCAGGAUGAGCUUCGCUGAGGCCUCUGUGCUGACUAUCUUCACGCUGCUGGUUCUACUUUGGUUUACAAGGGAGCCUGGGUUCAUACCUGGUUGGGCAACUGUGCUCUUCAACAAAGAGAAAACGUACGUCACAGAUGGCACUGUGGCCAUAUUAAUGUCAUCACUCUUGUUCUGCAUCCCGUCCAAAUUGCCCAGGUGCUUUGGGAGGUCUGACGAUGAGGACCCUGCUGAAGCCCCUCCACCACUGCUCAAAUGGGAACUCGUCCAUCAAAAGAUGCCUUGGAACAUCAUAUUACUUCUGGGUGGAGGUUUUGCAUUGGCCCAUGGGAGUGAGAAAUCUGGUCUUUCUACGUGGCUGGGUGAAUGUUUGAUACCUCUGCAGAGCAUCCCGCCCUUUGCCAUCUCCAUCCUGCUGUGUUUGUUGGUGGCCAUGUUCACUGAGGUGGCCAGCAACACAGCCACCACCACUCUCUUUCUCCCAAUACUGGCCUCAAUGGCCACAGCCAUCAAGAUACACCCGCUGUAUGUCAUGCUUCCCUGCACCAUCUCUGCCUCGCUGGCUUUCAUGCUGCCUGUGGCCACCCCACCCAACGCCAUCGCCUUCUCCUACGGCGGCCUAAAAGUCAUCGACAUGGCUAAAGCGGGAUUCAUGUUGAACAUUAUUGGAAUCGUAACCAUCAACAUUGCCAUCAACACAUGGGGGGGGGCCUUGUUCCAGCUAGAUACUUUUCCAAGUUGGGCCAAUGACACCCAAAAUCCUUGAACAUGACCACAAGAAGGUGGAAACGAGGAGAAACUGCUGGAGAAGAACUAUUUCAGCUUAUCUUUCGAUCAGGACUGGACUGGGCUCUCAAGUGACUUGGUCUUUUUUGUCAAGCCCCCCUGAAUACUCCAGACAGUACAGCUCGAAGUGCACUGAAAGCUUUUCCCGAACUGCCCACCCUGCAGCUUUUGAUCUGACGCCCUGCCUCACAUUGUGAUUUUCUUCAGAAACAAUUGGACAUUCUGACCAGAGACAUUGGAGCAACUCGUGCUAAGGUUUUGACUGAACCUGUUUCCCUUCAGUUUGGUGAAUCAUUUUGGACUGU